GUGUUCGGUUGGCAGUACUGCCACGGCUGGCAACCAUGAGUGACGCUGCGUACUUCACUUGGUUCAUGUUCUCCGACCUAACCUAGAAGAGCCACGGAGCUAUCCACGAAAUUAUUUUAAAGAAAUAUAAAUAUUAUAAAUUUUAAAGCCUAAUCGUACACGCAGGUAGCUAGAACCGCAAAAUGUCGGAACGUAAAGUUUUGAACAAAUAUUAUCCUCCGGAUUUCGAUCCGUCGAAGAUCCCGCGCAUGAAACUGGCGAGGAAUCGCCAAUACACCGUGCGACUGAUGGCGCCGUUCAACAUGCGUUGCAAGACAUGUGGGGAAUACAUCUAUAAAGGCAAAAAAUUUAAUGCGCGAAAGGAGGACGUCGAGGGCGACAAUUAUUUGGGUAUACGCAUCUACAGGUUUUACAUAAAAUGUACCCGCUGCCUGCAAGAAAUAUCUUUUAAAACUGAUCCAAAGAACACAGAUUAUGAGAUCGAGGCAGGUGCCACGAGAAACUUUAUGGCGUUGAAACUGGCUGAGGAACAGGCGCAAAGAGAGGAGGAUGAGGAGAAAGAGGAGGAGGCCACCAAUCCGAUGAAGCUGCUGGAAAAAAGGACACAACAAUCAAAACAAGAACUAGAGUUAUUAGAAAGUUUAGAAGAACUAAAAGAUUUAAAUCGGAGGCAGCAAACCAUUGAUUAUGAUGAAAUGCUUCAGCAGUAUGACACUGAUACCAGGCAUAGAACAGAAAAAGAACAAGAAGAGUUAGAUGAACAAUAUGUUAAAUCUAUAUUUCGUAAGAGACAGUUAACUGAAGAGACUGUUGUAGAAGAAAUUAAGCUUGAAGAUGAAAAAGAUGACGAAAAAGUCCAAAAGUCCUGCACUCCUGCAAAAAUACUUAAAACAGAUGAAGCAAAUGUCAAAGCAACAGAAGAUUCUUCCAAACUCACUAAAGGAUCGUUGUGGUCGGAAAAUACAUUAUCUAGUAAAAAAAAUUCAUCCACUUUGAUCAAGAAAAGUAAUAUUGGCAUAAAGAUAAAUGCGAGGUUAUCACAAAAUAAAUCCACAGCUGAAAAUGUUUUCUCUGAUAAGGAAAUAGUUCCACAGUCAGACAAAACACCUAAUGCUUCAACUAGUACAUUGAAUACAGUAAAUACUAGCUCCAAAUCGGAUAAUGUCGGCAAUGGUCUCUCAUUAAUAGGUGCCUAUUCAGAUAGCAGUGAUGAUGAUUGUUAAUAGAAGAAAUAUAUUAAUAUAUAUUUUUAUUCAAUAGAAUAAAUGUUAUACAAAGUAAAAUGGCGUCUACAAAAACGCGUUUGUAUAAAUAUAUUAUUGGUUUUAAAAUGUGUAUAUAUAACGUAAAAUUUUAUAGAUUAUAUUAUUUUGAAUAUACAUAUGAGUUGGAUACGCA